GAAGCUAUACUAAGUAGUCAGACCAUGCUAGGAUUAACUCAAAGAGACAGGUUCCGUUUCUUGAUUUCCCACAGAUAUACGAUGAUAAAUCCACGCGCUCUGCAGACUUGAUGAAGGAAAGACAUGUUCAAGAGUUUUCGAAUCGAGAAUCAGAAUCUGGAUCAAUUUCGACCCAGAGAAGUCGAAGAACAGGAACGUACGUCUCUAGUUAUACGGCAACGUAGUCCAUGUAUCUACACAGAGACAUCUCUCUCCUCACUGAAAUAUCACAGCGUCCCAACACCUGAUUCCGAUUUAAUUGUGGUGGAUAUGUGUGCCUUUCCACAAAGUUCGGCCCAGCAUGUGAUAUCUGCUGGCCCAGAUCGCAAUGAGUCUCUUCAUUGGCGUCGUACUGCUUUUCAUCACAUUCGGCCUCCACUUCCUGGCAUAACCAGGUUACGCAUCGAUCUACAAACUGUCAUUCCACGGGUGUUACUCUUUGUCCAAAAUUGUACUGAGAUGCGGUGGUUCAUCCAUCGAAAUUGAAAUACUCGUCGACUGAAUGUAAAAGCCUGACCAAUCCCUGAACGCCAUAUCGAAUCUUUCUCCUUUCCCUACCGUCCUGUAUGUUACAAUCGAAGCAAUGAAUCGCGUCGCACCCUCUCAUCCGGGCUACUAGACGUAAGCGAGUCCUCGGGAGGCGUCACUCUGCCUAAUGCCUAAUAAGGGGUGUAUCCUCCUCUGCCCCGACCGCGGUAGCCUCCACGA